AGGGAAGCCAAAGUGACUGUAACGGCGCAUAGGCUGGAUGCCAUGUGGCUUUUGUAGGGCAACAACACCACCCAACCCAAAACACCGCUCACUCUGAACAUGGAAUGACAGAAAGACAGAAGCUGAUACCUCCAAUUAAAUAGUCUGAGAACAAUGAGGUUCGUGGACCCACGGAUAUGGAGUCUUUUCAAAAGCAACUGGCAACAUACUUUAACUUACUGGAGUGUCUUCUUCAGUUUUGGGUUGUGCGUGGCGUUCCUCGGACCAACCAUUCUGGAUCUGCGCUGUCAAACACAGUCGAGUCUGCAGGAAAUUACCUGGGUUUUCUUUUCUCAACAGUUAUUCCUUUUUCUUGGCAGCUCCGUCGGUGGUUUUUUCAGUAAAACACUAAAAUGUUCGUUGUCAUCCCUGGCCGUGUGCACCCUGGCCAUCUCCGUAGUCUUCGCCAUGAUUCCGCUGUGUCACAAGGUGGUGGCACUCGCUGUGGCCAUGGCGGUGGCUGGCCUGGCAAUGGGCAUCAUCGACACUAUAGCCAACCUACAGCUGGUCCGCAUCUACCAGAGAGACUCCACUGUAUUCCUGCAGGCCCUUCACUUCUUUGUUGGACUGGGGGCCCUGGUAAGCCCUCUAAUCGCAGACCCCUUCCUGUCCGAGACACCAUGUAUCAUGGGUAACAGCACAACCAACGACUCUACCCCUAUGGACCACAUCAGACAGUCACUUGGCGGAAUCCCCAGCGACACUACCCACACUACUGUAUCGCAAUACCCAUUCCAUACCGAGGGGGAGGUGGUUACCAAUGUCUCCUACGCUUUCUGGAUAAUGGCGCUGAUCAAUUUGCCGGUCCCAAUAGCUGUGCUUGUCCUGAUGUAUAAGGAGCGUCUGAUUGGCUGCGUCUCCAGCACCCGGACGCGUCUGCUGGAUAGAGACGAGCUGGCCAUGAGGGCCAGGAGCUCCAACGCCUCAACAACCCCUGCACCUCAAGACACCACAAAUGGCCAUAGCCUGUUAAGCUGUUGUCACUAUGGAGAGUUCAGUGGGCAGCCGUUUGGGUUCGUGGGUAUCCAUGUGCUGGGAGGACUAGUGCUGUUCUUCUCCGAUGGCAUCGUGGGUGCCUAUGAGGGGUUUGUGUACACAUACGCUACGGCUGAGCCCUUGUCCAUGCCCCAUAAAACGGCCGGCUAUCUGACCAGUAUCUUCUGGGCGGGCAUCACAGCAGGGCGCCUGGCUGCCAUACCGCUGUCCUACCACUUCAACCCCAGUCGCCAGCUCACCAUCACCCAGGUGGGAGUGAUAUGCACAUUUGUGUUGCUGCUGCUGUUCUAUUCCAGCGUUGGCUUCCUGUUUGCAGGGACUCUGGCUCUGGGACUUUUCAUUAGUGGAGUAUACCCUUGCAUGUUGGCCUACACCGAAGACCUUCUCAACUACAAGGGUUGUGCCACCACGUUCCUUGUGACCAGUGCCAGCAUGGGGGAGAUGCUGCUUCAGCUGCUUGUGGGCACGGCAAUGCACAGCCAGGGCAGCUACAGCUUCAUGGUGUGUGGUGUCAUAUUCAGCUUCCUCGGCCUCUGUUCCUAUUUGGCCCUUUUAUUCUGCUGGCAUGUCUACAGCUCACAGCCAACAGGUGACGUGGAGAAGAGCACAAAGACAGAGUCGUCAGUCGACGUAAAUGAAGUAAAACGCUGAAGUGAAGGUGUGGCUCUGUGAAAAGGGCAUGAGGAGAGGCAAGGGAAGGGAGAGAGAGGUGGUGACAAGAAGGGAGCAUGUCAUGAGAGUGACAUUAACUGCUAGCUGCUGUCCCUGGAGACUUGUCCUUCAGGUCGCUUAUGAUCAAAUUCAUUUCAAAUUCAAACUCGAAAAAAAAAAAAUCAAACCUACUGUAGUGCCCUGAGAUCAAAGCUAUUGUAAAUAAUUUUGUGAUUCUGUUUAUUCUUGUUACAAUGAUAUGUGCAACACCAAUACGAAUUGGUAUGUACAGUAUAUAUGAUGUUGAUGCACAUGUGACUGAUGGAAUGAUGAAGGAAUACCUUUAUUUUUGUAAAAAUAAGAAAAAUACAACUAUUUAAAAUGCCAUCUGUUUUCCCGCUUCUUCUGGUUAGGAAAUGAGGUCGUUGCAUUUAAACCACACCACUAACGUUCAUAACUACAUCAUGGCUAAAAAUAUACAUAGAUACUAGCUCAUAGGCGUGUCCUGUGUAUGACCACUUACGUGAUGGCCAAAUAGGUUAAAAAUACAUACAGUGCAUGUUUUGAGAGGGUGUGGGGUUUUUAAAACUUGAGAGAAAAGUGUUUUCCUCAGUUGGUUUCCACCAGUGGUACAGGUAUGAAUUUUGGUACAAUCUUGUUACUCUCCGCAUUUUACAUUCCCUGAUCACCUGAUCAGA